UAACGGAAGUAGAAUUGUCUCCAUCUAACAGCUCUGCCUUCAAAAUAAAAGCUACCAAUAUUUCACGUUACAAUAAUCGCAUUGGCCCUAACAUAAAAGUGGGCUUACAAAAUGUGUAUUAUUCAUAAAAGCUGGGCGAGAAACCUAGACCACACGCAGAUAAUACUACAGUGGGAACUCGCAGUGUUGUCUCACAAAAGAUAAGUUUCUACCAAACGCCAAGCAGUGUGUGUUUUGUUUUGGAAAUAUCGACCGGAAACGUCCUGGGAGUGUGAAACUUGACUCUGACCAGAGAGCCAGGGAGCAGUGGACCUACAGCACAGUAACUCUGAAGCGUCUCAGGCCCGGCUCAGUCGCUUCAAACUGGGGAUGGCUGUCUGGUAAUGUGGCCCGUAGGCUGUGGGAGCCAUCGAUGCAGCUGUCGUCCAGCCGUGCCUUCGUGAGUUCUGAAGGGACGAGACCGACCACCAUGGCCUCAGCGAUACCCCGCUGCACAUCUGUCAGGCUCCCCGCUGUGGCCACUGUCGUCCUGCUCCUCGUAUCGGUGACCACUGUGCGGUCCUCUCAAGGCGACAAGGAGCCGGUUUACCGAGACUGCGUGAAGCAGUGUGUCCGGACCAACUGCACCGGGGCUCGGCUACGGGGCUUUCAGUCUGCCCAGCCGCAGUACAUGGCGCUGACAGGUUGGACAUGUCGCGAUGACUGUCGCUAUCAGUGCAUGUGGACCACUGUGGGGCUUUACCAGGCCGAGGGGUACAGGGUCCCACAGUUCCACGGCAAGUGGCCAUUUGCGCGCUUCCUGUGUUUCGAGGAGCCGGCCUCGGCCCUGGCCUCGCUGCUUAACGGCCUGGCUUGCCUUCUCAUGCUGCUGCGCUAUCGCAGCACGGUGCCACGCCAGAGCCCCAUGUACCACACCAUCAACGCCUUCUCUCUGGUGUCUCUUAAUGCCUGGUUCUGGUCGACAGUGUUUCACACCCGGGACACCUAUCUAACUGAGAAAAUGGACUAUUUCUGUGCCACGGCUGUCAUUCUUUACUCAAUCUACCUGUGUUGUGUCAGAACGUUGGGCCUGAGGCGACCCGGGGUGUCGAGCAUGGUGGGAGUCCUGCUCAUCUUGGCCUUUACUUCGCACGUGUCCUACCUGACCUUUGUCAGUUUCGACUAUGGCUACAACAUGGCUGCUAACGCCACCAUCGGCAUGGUGAACCUCCUGUGGUGGCUGUGUUGGUGCUGGCAGAACCGGCGGACCCUGCCAUACUGGUGGAAGUGCGGCCUGGUGGUGAUGCUGCUUCACGGUCUGGCUCUGCUGGAGCUGCUGGACUUCCCCCCGAUGCUCUGGAUCCUAGAUGCUCACGCUGUGUGGCACCUGAGCACCAUACCAGUCCACUUCCUCUUCUACAGUUUCCUGAUAGACGACAGCCUCUACCUGCUAAACACAGAGAAGAUGGGCGUCAAAGUCGAGUAGGAGGAGCUCAUCCCCUCCUCUCCACCCCUGCACCCUCGCACCACUCCGAUGGAUCAGGGCAGCCAGACACCCGAACACGGACGUAGCUCAACCUCCCAGAUGACUCGACACGAUGCAUGACACCACUAUGACUUCCAUCAUUGUAGACAUUGUUUACAGUUUUUCUUGUUUUUAAUUUUUUUCCUUGUAUUUAUUUGGGGGUAAUUUCUCUCUCCUUUUGGAAUUAUCGUGAUUGACGCUCAGUCCACUGAACUUUGCCUUGUACUGACGUGGGCUCGACGGUUCUUUUAUCAUUCGUCAUAGCUGCAAAAGCAGGAUGAGGGAAAUGUUUUGUCGGGAUGCAUAUCUUGUUGCUUUUAACUCUUCUUAAAUUGAUCCCCUUCACCAGCCUCUUGGCUCUGCACAAAUAGCAGUUUGCUGUGGCUGACAAUAGGUGGCACCAGAUCCCUUUGCCAGGCAAUCAUACCCUCCUCUGUUGGGUCCGGCAUGUGUCGGGAGUACAUGCGUGCCAAAAGUGGACUGGCGGACGCAGAGAGGUGCCCCUUGUGAAGGGGAGGGGAUUGUUCUAGAGAGAGGGGGAAGGGGGUUUAUGUUUGGAGGCCAUUCUAGCUGACUGUCUUUUUUUUUUUUCUUUUCUCACCGUCACACCUUUAUUUUCGUGCCUCUGUUGUUUCCACUGCUGCUUUUGUUUUCUUUUCUGUAUAUGAUUUCAGAUUCUCAUCAGCUGCCUUAGUUGCUCGUCUCAAAUCCUUUUUGUUGUCGUUGACCAAUCUGUGCUUUAUUCUGUUUACUUUGACAACUUGAUUUUUUAAAUUUUGGGUGGGAUCCGCCCGCUGAUCAUAAAAUGUUGUUAUAAUUCACCUUGAUUGCCUUUGAGUGUGAGGAUAAGAGGAAAAUGAUCGAGAUAGGAAAAAUAAGUUGUUGUUUGCACCAACAGUUUCUAAUAAAUCCAGGGUUUGGAUGGUGUGUGUGUGUGAAUGAGCAUGUAGCUGUUUCCCUGACAUCCAUUUUUUGAUUUUGGUUGAAUUUCUUGCCGUAAUUUUCCCCUGAAAUGUGCAAAACACAAUGAGCUGCUCUACAGAUGACUUGCCCCGUUUACAUCGCUCCACAUUUCUUCUUUGUGGAAAUGAUUUUUCAAUCAAUUCUUUUGUUUUCUUCUCACAUUUGGCGCUCUCAAACUCUUGCAAUCAUGUCACGUAUGUCUUCGCCCCUCAGAGUUCCCCUCCCAUAUGUGCACUUUACGAGUGUGUCCGUACUUUUACAUGCAUUUUUUGUUGGAAAUUCUGCCCAUGGCUUUGUAUUUCUGUGUGAGAAUGUGAACAAUGACCAGUGUGUGUGUACACGUUGCCUUGACACGACAUUGUGUUGUUUUUGCAGUCAUAAACUGAAUCGGUGUUUGUGUGUGUGCGUGUAAGAGAGAGACGGAGCUAGAUUGUGCUUGAUCCUUUUGUGAAGCGGCCAGUGUGUGUGUGUGAGAGAGAGUGUGUGUAUAUAUAUCUAUAUAUGUUUGAGGUUUGCUGCGUGAAUGUGUGUGAGACGACGGGUAAAUUUAGCUUUGCUGACAGACUGUGAUGGGGGUGGGGGAAGACCGAGGAUGAAAGACUUGGAGAGGUUGUCAUAGGUUUGGGUGGCAAAAAGAUUCCUGAAAUCUUUGCAAAAAUAUGAGAUAAGAAACAUUAUAAAGUGCAUAUUCUUUUUUUUUGUUUGUUUGUUUGCCAAAAUAGCCCGUAUUUAUUGAACAUAUUGAAAAACUCAUUCAUGAUUCCAUGUCUGGGGCUCAGUUAUGACAGUAUAUAGAUGGAAGGCUUAAAGAAGAACUCUCAUUUUAGUUAAUCACAAAAUCAUUGCCUCCUCAAUUCUGAAAGUACUUUUAUCUUCUGACAAAAACUUGUUGAAUCAUUUCAUUCGUGUCUGUUUUAAUAAUUUGAAUAUUUUCUGAGGAAUUGGCCUCGCACAAACUGUAAAUCAUGUCUUUGUUCACUUCCUUCUUCCUCUAUAAUGACCACAUCUCUCCCGGUCCUUUGCUCAUCUGCUGCCCCCUGCCUGCUGCCCUGUGCACCGUCGCCUCACCUCUCCUACUGAGUGCACUCUCCUCCACCUCAUGCCUGAUAUUUGACCAAAAAAAAACUGAAAGAUAUGGAACAAAUAAAAGUGUUCUUUGUUGAUAAGGAA